AUGUCCACGUCGGCCAUACCUCGCAGCAAAUCGAACUUCCUUAUGCUUGGGGAUGAAACCUACAUUCUUCAGAAGAUAGAUAGAGGCGCGAGAACAGGCAAGCUCAGAGAUCGGAACUCGGAACUGCUUCGCUUCAAGGAUCCAUCUUUGAGAAGAAUGAAGCAAUUCGUCUACGAUCCUUUGCCGCCAAAGAUGAUCCGUCUGAUGCGUCUAUAUGGGGGUAGCCGCGACGACUCCAUCAAAUGUGAGCUUUUCGAGGCGGCUUACGACAAUUCUUUCCAUAUCCCCACACAUGUGGCUCGCAAGGGUGGACUCCCAAAAGUUCGUGAGAUUGAGCGUAGCCAGACAAGUGCUGAGCGGGAACUGGAAGAAGUAAAAGAGUUCUUAAAGGUGUUAACAAAGAAAAUGGAAGUGAAGGGGCAGGCGCUAGAUGGCACAUGGCGGAUCGUGGAGCACAUGCGGCAGACAGCGAACGGUGUAUGGCAAACGGCGAAUGAUGCGUGGUAUACGAGAGCGUUGGACGAAGAAAGAGAUUCCCUCAAAAGCCGAUUCGAAAAGCUGAAACAAACGAUUCUGGAAGAGGAGUUGGAGACAGUGGGAAAGAUUGAAAUUGAGUACGAAGCAUUAUCAUGGUGCUGGGGUUCGGCUAUCUCUGAAUACGCAGUAUCUGUCACGAAAGAAGACGAGGACUACAAAAUGCCAGUGAGGAAGGACCUGGCUCUUGCAUUGAAAUACCUUCGUCAUCAAGGGAAGCCAAGGAUUCUCUGGAUUGAUGCAAUCUGCAUCGACCAAGAAAAUGAUGUGGAGCGCAACCAACAAGUGCAAAUGAUGUCCAGGGUCUACACUCGAGCAGCCAAUGUCUGCAUUUGGCUUGGGCAGCAGGAUGACGAGAGUGAGGUCGCAUUCAAGUUCAUCAAGGAAGAGAUUACGCAUCUAAAAGACUUUGAUUCCAUCAGCUCUGAUAAGGAUUACAGCACUAAGAAAGCUGAGAUAUGGUGUGGGCCUGACUCAAUGCCAUGGAAAGAAUUUGCUGUUGCCGUGGAGCUUUUUGUGGAGGUUGAAAACGCUACACAUCGGCUAUCAGAGGUAAUGCAGAUGGAUGUCCAAUUUCGGCAUGUACCCGGCUGGUUUGAAGGCGUUUCACACCUUGGAGCCAGCCUUCUGGUACAAGCGACAGGCAAGGUGUUCCGCAGUUAUGGAACACCUAUGGACAAAAACGAAGUUCAUGACAAGAAUACCGACGAGAACAUGACCGACGAACAGAGAACUGCCGACGAGGAGAGAGACAAGAAGAAGGCCGCCGAUGAGAAGCACAAAGAUCGGGCUGACUUGCUCGAUAAAAUACAAACGAUCGACCCAUUGGAUCGCAGAAGCCUUCUCAGCCUGGAGUACCUAGUGACCACAAUGUUCAUUUUCAAAGCGAGCGAAUGCAGGGAUUCGGCUUUGGACAUACUAUGUCGGCCAUGGGCAUUAGAGCCUCAGCGUGGUGGUUCGGCUAGGGUGAAGAAGAGGAAAAGCCCCCCCACUGACCGGAAUGGAAAAGGAGCAAAGCGUACAUGUGUACGAUGUGAGGCGCGACAAGAAGAGCAGGAUCUGCAAGAUUACUGGGAAAAGGACAUUUCCAGUGACAAGAGUCGAGAAAUCUGGUGGCGUGAACUGAGGGAUAAGCUUUGGGAACAUUCACUGAGGCGAAAAGAAGAAGAGAAGAAAGCUCUAAUGGAGGAGAUGACAACGGUCAGAGACUCGAGAGAGACAAAAGAGAAGGAAUGUGAUGACGACAUGGAGCAAAGUAAAGACAUUGAUCUACCGUCGUGGGUACCUCGUGCUAAGAAUGCACCGUUCGAGAUCUAUCGCCACCCAGGUAUCGACAUCGCGAAGACAGGACGGGCAAAUGCAGACCCUUUGGUUGGGUGGCCACAAGAUGGGCAUAGAAACUACAGCGCCGCACAAACCGAGGCUGUGAAGUUUGACUAUCUCAAAUUCAGAAAGAGAUCUUACAUGGGGCAUUACAGUCUCUAUGUUACAGGCUUCAAAGUAGAUGAGGUUGAUGAGGUCAGAGAUGCGUCCCAGGGAGGGAGCAUUCCGAACUCAUGGCUAGAGUUGAGUGGAUGGGAACCGCCAUAUACCCAAGACCCACCGUCGGCAUUUUGGAGGACCAUAGUUGCUGACAGAGGCUCUGACAACCGCAAUCCACCAUACUAUUAUGCAAGAGCAUGCAGAGAAUCCGUGGGCAAAGGUGGGCGGGAAAGUGGUAGCGUGAACACCACAGAUUUGAUCAACAACGAACGGAAUUCAAUCAUUGCGGAGUUUUGCCGGCGGGUCCAUGCCGUCAUCUGGGGCCGGUCUCUCUUCAGAACUAAACAAGGCAAGCAGCUAGGACUUGGCAAAGAUGUCCAAAAAGGAGAUCUGGUGUGCAUUCUACAUGGAUGUACUGUUCCGGUCAUUCUGCGCGCCCAAAAAAAGAACGAGGGUGACAAAGCCAAAGAGAGUUUUGAGGAUUCGUAUGAGGCAGUCAAGUCGUGCAUUAAGAGACUGGACAAAAUCUCUGUGUGCAGAGCAAGGUAUGAGAAACAAAAAGAGAAGUACAAGAAACAAGGACACUCAACUUCAGACUCCAAUUGGGAGCAAGACGUGAAAUCUGCCCACAAGAAAGUAAACUACAUUCUCGGAAAAGACAAAGACCGAAGAAAAGCCUCGGCGCAGCGAGAAACCACAAAGCAGAGGUUCAAACCUGACGAAGACAACUUUUACGUCUUCAAAGGGGAGAGCUAUGUCCACGGAUGCAUGGAUGGGGAGGCGGUGCGAGACCGUUUCUACGGGACGGAGCAAGAGUGGGUUUAUGAAUUACGCUGA